AUGGCAACGCAACAACCCGCUCCUGACGCGGAGCGGGAAUACAAGCUGAUCUCUCAACUCGAGAUGCGGAUUGCCUCCGCCUCAACGGACGAAAAACUCGAGUCGAUUCUUCAAAAGUUCCUUCCGGCUCUCAUCCUCAAGCUGGCAUCCCCAACGCCUCAAAACCGCAACCUCACGAUCAAGAUAUGUCAGUAUAUCAACCAGCGGCUGAAGAUCACGUCGUCCAUCAAGCUCCCCGUAGCAGCGUUGGUCAAGACGUUUCGCGAGAAUGACAACGCUUUCGUCAAGCGGUUUUGUCUGGUCUUCAUUGAGCAAGGCCUUCCGAGGCUGGAACUGGACCAGGGGAUCGAGUCCUUGCCCGGGGUGUUGCAGUUUGCCAUCCCGAAAACUGAAGGCUUUGAUGCUACGGACCGAAAAAUGUGGGCAAUCGCCUUCGACUUUCUCCUGGAAGUACUGAGGAAAUGGAAGAUCCCGGAGCGAGGUAGCAAGGAAGAUUUGGCUCUCUCAGAGACGUUCUCAUUAUCACCGACACAGACAGAUAUGCUUGUCAGCCGUUUGUGCGAUUUCUUGCUCUACGAUCCAAAGGACUCCUCCGCUCAAACCCAGGAUGAAGAUUUCCAGCCUGUCAUGGAGAAGAACUUCAGACGCCGCUCGGAAGUUGUCUUGCCAAUUGCGAAAUUUUUAUUCUCCUCCAUUUUCACCGAUUCGCAACGUCUCAUUCCCGCCACUAUCAUGUCUGUUGACCCCAACGCCUCAGCUGCAAAUAUGAGCGACGUUAUGUUUAAGCAGUGCAAUUUCGACUUGGAGUCUGAGUCAACUAUUGACCUGCUUUUCGGCCUCUUCAAUCGGUCCAAGCCCAAAUUGCAAACACGAAUCCUAAGCCUCUUAUCUCGCAGCCAAAACUCCACUAAGCGCACCACGGUGAUCAUGGAUAUUGUGGAAAAACAACUCACCCAGACAUCCAACGCAGGCCUCGAGGCAGCAAAGCUCCGGGCAGCUCUGUUUUCCUAUCUCACCUGGACGGUGCGUGUUGGCGGCCAACAUCUCGCCGGAGAAAUCAGCCACCGCAUCCAAGACCUGUUGAAAGAAUAUAUUGAGAUGCAGGGCUGGCCGACCAUGAACAGUGACCACUCCUCAGCCGCAUCAGAGGUGGAGCUUCGCUCGAAAGCGUACGAAAGUAUCGGCCUAUUGGCAGGCCUCAAAACCGAAUCCAUGGACAACGAUCGCAUGGUGGUUCUGAUUACUUGGCUUUUCACAAGCCUCCGCUGUGACACGACACGCGAGAUAAGAAGCAGCAUCGAAGAGUCUAUCGGCCGCAUCAUGAACGCUCUACCUCCACUUGGCAACACCUCAACUGCAAACCGCCUAAAAGACCUCUUCCUGUGGAAUGUCUUGGCAGCUCCGGGCCAGGAAGACCCCAUCUAUUUCCUACCCACGGUCAACAGCACCACCUAUCCAGCUGUACGGUUUGCGAAUAAAUGCCUACCGUUUGACGACGUGGACGCUCGCUUUAUCGAUGUGCUAGCCUUAACCUCAGCAAGCGGCAGAAGAGAGAUUGCCGAGGAAGGGGCCAGGGGUUUAGACCCGUACUGGCAUGCUUCUAAUCUGCGCCUCACUACUGCUUCUGAGAAUCGAAAGCUGCAGCUGCCGAAUCUCGAUGCCUUGGUGGAGAGGUUCUUCGGAGCUAGUACGGCACAGACGAAACACUACGACAAUCCAACAGUGCUGGCCGCUGCCGUGAUGUUUUGUCGGAACGUCCUCCAUUGCGAAGCUCUCCGCGGAACAGACCUGGCUCCCGAAGAAUCGGCGGAUUGGAAGCAGACUAUCGACGCCGUAGUCAGUAAUGACCGUGAUGCUCGACGCCGAAUACGGUCUUUUCUCCAAAAUCUGGGUGGUGACGUGCUCUUGCCGUUGCUGCGAGCAGCAUUGGAUGGAGCAUCCAAGGGGAAUGGGGAAUGCUUGGAUCUAUCCCUGGAGCUUCUUUCUCUUACCCCGACGGACUUGUUGCUCAAUCUCAAGGAUGUAGGGCUAGAGGCAGCUGUACGUGUUGCAGGAAAUUCAGGCUUGCAGCUUCGAGCCGCCCGAAUCUUUGGUAUUCUCGCUUCUCUAGACGAGGACGCCGAAGAUCUCGCAAAAGCUGAAAUUAAUGAGGUCAAACGUUGGAAAACAGCCAUCGGCGAAGACUUGGUCAAGGUUCAAAGCCAUCUCCUCCGCGCCUGUUUCUGUCUCGCCAGAAGAUCGCUGCGGGUGAAACGGCAGACAUCUGAUGACACAAUUCGCGACGCAGUGCAGAUCGUUGUCGAGAUUGUCAAGAACUCUUCAGACAGGUCUGUCAAAGACACAGCAUACAGGUCACUCCGUCAGCUGUAUCUUUGCACCCCUACAGAAGAAGGUUCAAACGACGAAGAAAUGCUGAAUCAGUUGAUCGCAGACAGCAAGAAAGAGAGUGAAACAGCAGUCUCAGCCGCUGGGCCAGUGCUAGGGAUUUUGCAUGCGCGCGGUACUAGUCCUUCAGGCUUCGAAUCGCUCCUGGAUCGCUUGCUAGGACUUCACGAAGUCAAACGAGCUGAGUUUCAUUUCACACUAGGAGAAUCCUUUGCUGUUGCUUGUGCUGGGUUCAGAUCGCUAUCUACGCUGACAGAACUCGACGUUGAUGUGGAUGUUUCGGGACUGGACGUCAACGAGCAGCUUCUGAUUGUAGUCCUCAACAAAGUCCUCGAGAAUUGCAACACGACAAAGCCAACCCUGAAGAAGGCCGCUGCAAUCUGGCUUUUAUGCAUUAUCCAAUACUGUGGUGAAUUACCCCCUGUAAAGGCGCGACUACGAGAGUGCCAAGCUGCUUUUGCUAGGUUGCUGAACGACCGCGAUGAAAUCGUCCAAGAGACUGGCUCCCGGGGUCUCAGCCUUGUCUAUGAACGGGGCGACAAGCAACUUCGGGACGACCUGGUCAAAGACCUGGUCCAAAGCUUCACAGGUAGCAAUGCUAAAAUGUCCGGAACUGUAAACGAAGAAACGCAGCUGUUCGAGCCCGGUGCACUGCCUACCGAAAACGGACAGUCCGUUACGACUUACAAAGACAUCGUCCGCCUUGCCACAGAAAUGGGAGACCCGAGCCUGGUGUAUCGUUUCAUGAACUUGGCCUCAAAUAAUGCCAUCUGGUCAAGUCGAGCGGCGUUUGGAAGAUUUGGACUCGGCCGUGUGCUGGCGGACUCCACGUACCUCACGGAAAACAAGAAGUUUUAUCCUAAGCUUUUCCGAUACCGAUUCGAUCCAAAUCCCAACGUCCAGCGGUCCAUGAACGAAAUCUGGCGGGCGCUAGUCAAAGACCCGAAUGCUGUUAUCAAUGAGAAUUUCGACCUGAUCAUGGGGGAUUUGCUGCAGAGCGUUGUGUCGGGCAAAGAGUGGCGUGCCCGCGAGGCCAGCUGCGCGGCAAUCUCUGAUCUCGUGCAGGGGCGAGACGUUGACAUGUUUGAAAGGUACCUCGACGAAAUUUGGACAGUCGCUUUCAAAGUCCUGGACGACGUCAAAGAGACAGUUCGAUUAGCGGCCUUAAAGUUGUGCAGAACGCUCACGAGUAUGCUGAUACGCAACCUGGAGAUUGGAGAGGGCAACUCCAAGCGCUCUGCAACCAUGCUCGACCACGCCAUGCCGUUUCUGCUGCAACAGAUGGAGAGCGGUGCGGCAAAGGAGGUCCAACAGUAUGCUAUUGUAACGCUUCUCGAAGUGGUGAAGAAGUGUCCUCCAAAAUCUCUGCGUCCUUUUGCACCAACCGUUUUGGAGACGCUGGUGCUCUCCCUGAGCUCUCUUGAGCAUGAGAGCAUCAACUACCUCCAUUUGAAUGCUGACAAGUAUGGAUUCACCGCCGAGAAACUGGACAAAAUGAGAGUUUCGAGUAUCAACGCGUCGCCCGUCACGGAAGCAAUCGAGGACUGCUUGGAAAGCGUUACCAUGUCAGUUGAGUCGAGCGACGACCCCAACGCCAUGCAGGGCGUCGUGUCCAAGACUCACAGUGGAGGGCGUCCAGCAGCGAUGGACGAUGCAAUGCAACGGCUUGCCAAUGCCUAUCGAGCAGCUAUCGGACUGCCCUCCAAAGUCGGCUUAAGCAGAGUCAUGACGACGCUAGUUGUUCGCCAUCCCACUGCUUUCCGACCGUACGCCGACAAGUUCAUACAAUUGACGCGCAAACAUAUCCUCGACCGCAACGCCACCAUCAGCGUGGCCUUCAGCACUUCGCUGGGCUACUUGAUCAGACUGGCCUCGGACAAGGAGAUUCAGGCAACAAGCAAGUACGCGCAAAAGUUGUAUUUCGAGUCGCAGGAACUAAGCCAUCGUUCCGUGGCUGGCGAAAUCAUACAGGCAAUUUCCAAGGCUGCGAAUGACGUCUUCAUGAACUCUGCGCCAACCUUUCUCCCCUUUGCUUUCAUCGGUAGACGGGACACCGACGAGGAGGUCAGGGAGCGGUUCGACGCUCCCUGGAAGGAGAAUAUUGGUGGCUCCCGGUCCAUCAAUCUCUAUCUGACGGAAAUUGUGGGACUCAUCUCGGCACACAUUGGGUCGCCUAUGUGGCCGAUCAAGCAAGCUUGCUCUUUGGCUGUGGCCGAAUUGGUGGGGUCGAUAGAAGUUCAAGGAAAAUAUUCUGACAGUGAGGCAUCUCUCAUUUGGGGAGUGAUGCAAGCAGCCCUGGAAGGCAAGACCUGGGACGGCAAGGAAGAGAUUGUCAAGGUGUAUCCCAAGUUCGUGCGAGAAGCUCGGUCACUGUGGACGAGUGGCCAGAUCAGCCAGCAGAUGAAGAAGAUUGCAAUCCGCGAAGCGAAGCGGACCAACGUUGAUUACCGACCUCACGCCAUUGAGGCUCUUGGAGAGUUUGCGGUUGCUCGAAAAGAUCUAGACCUAAGCCACGAGGUCCUACCUUAUUUGGUGGAGUUGAUGGACGAACUCACGGACCAGGAUGCCAUGGAAGUGGACGAGGCUAACGGGAAGCCCCUGAAGAAUCGCGCACAGACCGUUAUUGAAGCGACAGUCAGCGCGGUUGUUGCGUGCAUGUUCAGGAUCCUGUCCACUCAUGCACGCCCCGAGAGUCUAGACUCGGCGACGAAGAUCGUUCAGAAAGCACAUGGCAUUCGAUCCAGCACGCUCGACAUUGCACUAUACGAUGCUGCAAAAUUUUUUGUUGUCGAGGGGCCCAAAUCAAAGGGGGUGGUGGAUGGUGGUGAAGUCCUUGAUGAGAAAAAUACCUCAGCCUCAGCAGCACGGUCGGGGGCGCGGGAGGGUUCGGAGUUGGACGGUCAAAGGGCUUCUGAGCCAUUUCAGCCACUGGUCAUGGCGGUGCUCGCCUGUCCGCCGGAGCCUUGGCGAGAACCGGAACGUGCGCGAAAAUCACGUGCGGAGCUAGCCCUGGCCGUUACUCAACACGGCCUGCAUGACUCGACCGCCUUAGCGGCGAUCCUCGAUCCCUGGCUGGUCGAAGAACGGUCGAGACCUUUACGUGAAGAAAUCGGACGAGCUCGACAGGCUUGCCAAUGA